UGCCUCCACAUUAGCAGCGUAUGUCGCUCACAGUCUUGUGGUCAUGUUUCUCUCACCCUCUCACUGUUAGUAAUGUGAAAGACAUCCACUCCGUGUUGGAGGUGACUGUGUUGGAUGAGGACAGGGACAGGAGUGCCGACUUCCUGGGAAAAGUCGCCAUCCCACUGUUACGUAUCCAUAACGGAGAGCAGAAAGGGUACAUGCUAAAGAAUAAGCAGCUGACAGCACCGACCAAAGGAGUCAUCUACCUGGAGAUCGAUGUCAUCUACAACGCUGUCAAAGCUGCUCUGAGGACUGUGGUCCCUGCAGAACAGAAGUACAUGGAGGAAGAACCGAAAGUCUCCAAGCAGGUAUGUUUAUGUGUAUUUUAACUAUUGACACCGA